AGUCCUUUCCAGCUUUGGAAAUAAGUAACUUAGAAGUUUGCAACAGAAAGCUAAAAUAUUUUGGGGGCGGGGAUGAUGGGGAAGGAUUGCUUGUGUACUUCAAACGACCAGGCUCAGCAUGUCUUUGACCGACACCAUCAAACUGUGGGAUGAAGGGAUCACUGCAGCAGACCGUCAGGAGUGGGUCACCGCACUGAACCUGUUCACCACUAUUCUUGAGCCCAGCUCUAAAAUCUGCUUCAACAUCGGCUGUCUGCACCUCCUCCGGGGGGAAUGGGGCCAGGCUGAAAAGGCAUUUGAUAAAAGCAUCUGCAGGGAUGAGCACUUGGCGGUUGCUUUCCUUCAACGUGGGAUAACUUUGUACAAAAAUGAAAAGUAUGAAGAGGCUUUGAGGGACUUUGUUGAAGCCUUUAACCGUCUGAGAGGGAAUCAGUUGAUUGACUACAACCAGUUGGGCCUCCGGUACAAGCUGUGCUCUUGUCAAGUACUUCACAAUGUGGCGCUGGCACACGCUGUGAUGCAGAACUGGGACAAAGCUGAAGAGGUCCUAAAGAAAGCUAUCACUUUUAAAACUGAGGCCAAACCUAAUUAUGUGGAUCAAGCUCUGGAAGCUGUUUUGAAGCGGGAGCUGUUUCAACUCCUCGAGCUGCCAGCAGGAGAACUCUUCAGACCAAAGAGGAAAGUUGUGGCCCAACUGGAAAAGCAGGACUUCCUGGGAGAGGCCAAGGUGGUUGCAUCAAUCAUCGACAAAGAUGCAUUCUCUGGUUUCGCUCCCCUGCAGCCUCAGAUGCCGGACCAUACUCCUCAAAAGAAAGCUCCAGAAAAAUUGAAGACUCUGGAAGGUGUUCCUCACCGGGUGUUGUUUAACUUCCUCCCAAAUAAUAAACUAGAGCUGGAAGUAAAAAAUGGAAAUAUUGUCUUCUUGCUGGAGAAAGGAGAGGACAACUGGGCCAGAGUUACAUUCAACAAUGAGGUCGGUUUGGUUCCCUACAACUAUUUGGAGCCAUUGGAAGCUGAAAAGGGUGAAAAAUCCCCCCCUCCUGAUAUUCCAGCACCACCGACCUCAUCCGCUCCAGAAAGACCAGCCAGCGUUAAAGAAGGGAAUGUACAUACCAAAACAAGCCAGCAGGUGACAGAACAUUCAAAAAAGAUUCAGACCAAAGAUCACUCGGUUCCUGUCCCUUCCAUUGUGAAAGUGCAUUUCAAGUACACAGUAGCUAUCCGUGUAAAACCAGGCUUGUCGCACAAUGAGCUUCUGGUUGUCAUCAGUAAGAAGUUCCAAAUACCUGAGGAAAGACUCGGAUUGAGUUACAAGUCACAAGAGAGUGGGGAGCUCAUUUCCAUUACUAGUGAAGCAAAAAUGAAGAGUGCGUGGACCGAGGUAAAAAAUCACCGUUUGACUGUUUGGUGCAAGUUUCUGGAGGUAAUGGCACUGUAUGAUUAUGAAGGAUCUGUACCAGCUGAUUUGGGCUUUCACAAAGGAGACAUCAUCCAAGUCUUAGCACAUGUAAACAACAACUGGCUGGAAGGACAAUGCAAUGGAAAGACUGGCAUCUUCCCAGCAAAUUUUGUUAAAGAAUUAAGCAUGGCUGAUGUGAAGAAUUCGGGAAUGUAAAAGAAAUGCAAAUGUUGUAUGCUGAUUUCUGAAGAGGUCCUUUUCUCCUCUGGUGAUACUAGAAUGACCAUCUACAGAUGAGAUGCUUCACUGCUUUGAAUUUUAAAAAUAGUUUUAUCCAAACACUGGUUUGCAUUUAGAUUCAUGACUGCUGUCAAAAAUGGAUUAAGAAAGUGCUAUUUUCUUCAGGCUGUGUUUCAAGGCAAUAUGACUAGUUUGUGUCACUCACAAUUACAUUGAUGUACACACUCUAGACCUUCCUGAUGAUGAUAUUUUAACUGCUGGAAACCACCUACUUUCCCAUAUUUGUUUUGAAUGCCCUAAGUCAAUGUCCAAGGAACCCUGGCCCAAUUGUUUGAGUGCUCCACUGAUCAUUUUCUCAAGUGUUCUAAGAUUACCUAUUAACAAUUUUCACUUUGGAUGAAUCAAAGCAAAUUCCAAAAUAUUGGACUAACUAUUUUUUCAGUACCUGAAAUAAAUUAAGUUGAAAAAUC